CCUCUCCGAGUGGCGUAGCUCGUUGAAAAUGUUCAACGCUGAUAUCUGGAAAUCGUGGGAACGCAGUGGAAAAGCCGAGUUCUUGAAACAAUGCAAAGCCCUGCUGAAGGACGACCAGCAAAGCCCGCUGUUUGGGAAGAACGAACGCAAAGCGGGAAUAUCCCGGGCGAUCUACGAGCUCAUCUCACGCGGCAUCCAUGGACAGCUGAAGAAGGACAGUGUUCUGCUGAUGCUCGGUGAACUGGUUCACCUCCACAAUGACGUUCCGUCGAUUCUUAUGGACAUUUUCGGUGUAUUCGAUGCCGAAACGGGAGUUAGCGCGGCGGGAGACGCUCCGGCAAGCGAAGAACGGUCCACGUUCUGUUACAUCGUGAAGGAAACGGAUCGCUACCUAUCGGAGAAGUUGUUGAAAGAGCGACUAGAGAUCGACACCCUGCAGGACGUUGGUACUACCAAGAACCGUAGCUUCUACACACGGUUCAUCAAAGUGAAAACGAAGCUCUAUUACAAGCAGCGUCGGUUCAAUUUGUUUCGCGAAGAAAGCGAAGGUUACGCGAAGCUGAUCACCGAGCUGAAUCAGGAGUUUAACCAAGAAACGAUCACCGUGCUGGACGUGCUGGAGAUCAUCAAGUCGCUGAUCGGGUGCUUCAACCUCGACCCGAACCGUGUGUUGGACAUCAUUCUCGAGUCGUUCGAGGCACGCCCGGAGCAGGAUCGUAUCUUCAUUCCGCUGCUGCAAGCAUACAUCAACGAUGGCAAUAUUAUCUGCGAGGUGCUCGGCUACAAGUAUCGAUACUUUGCCGACGUCGAGACGCCCGGUUCACUGUUCAAGGUGACGGCGUUGCUGCUGCAGCACGGGGUCAUUAAUCUGGACGAUAUUUACGCCUGGCUUAACCCACCGGAUAAAUCGAUCGUGGCGGACUGGGAGGCCGAAAUGGCACAGGCGAAGGAGUACGUCCGCAAGCUGAACGUGAUCCUCACGAACAAGGACAAGGAAGUGGAGCAGGAGCCAGAGUUUGAGACGGCACCGGAAAAGUAUGCCCUCAAUCAGAAGUGGGGCCUCUGCGAAGCGUUGCUGCUGAUCGGUGACUGGGCUACGGCCCACCAGCUGAUCCGCAAGCUGCCCGAUCAGUCGGUGGUCGUCCACGAACCGAUUGCCCGUGCCCUGUGCCGUUUGCUGCACAUGAUCAUCGAGCCCGUCUAUCGGCUCAAGUGUGCCCUUCCGGCCAACAUCAAGGGCCGGGCGGUUUCCACUUACGGAGCGCUCAGCAAACUAGCUCCACCGCCCGUCACGGCGCUCACGAAGCUACGCCUGCAUGCGUUUCCCAUGUUUACCGCCCUUGGGCCUUCGUUACACUACGAUCCCGUACUGUUGUACAAGCUGCUUCGCCUGAUGCGUAUCAUUUUGACGGAUAUGAACGUCGAUCCGCUUAAUCCACCGCCCAGCACGGGGACCACGACGGAGCACGAGCAACUGUACUACGAUAUUUUGUCCCUACUCGAUGCGGCCGUGCUGCCCGCGCUGGCCUACAUGGACUGCAACUGUUGCGUGGCGGAAGAGAUCUGGACGAUCGUGAAACUGUACCCGUACCAGUACCGGUACGGACUGUAUGCCCGCUGGAAGAACGAUACGUUUCAGUUGCAGCCGAAACUGAUUCAACGCCGUGGAGCGGCACAAAAGCAAAUUAAGGCCCUGAUGAAGCGUGUGAGCAAAGAAAACAGUAAACCUGUCGGUAGGUUAAUCGGCAAGCUGAGUCACUGUUCACCGGGUUUUCUCUUCGAAUACAUGCUGCUGCAGAUACAGAUCUACGACAAUCUCAUUGCACCGGUGGUCGAUUCGCUCAAGUAUCUGACGUCGCUAUCGUACGAUGUGCUGGGCUACUGCUUGAUCGAAGCCCUCGAGCAGGUCGAUCGCAAUCCAAUGCAGAACGACGGUACGAGCAUCUCGCUGUGGUUGCAAAGUUUGGCCAACUUUUGCGGUGCGAUCUACAAGAAGUACAACAUCGAGCUGAGCGGCUUGCUGCAGUACGUGGCCAAUCAGCUCAAGUCCCACAAAAGUCUCGAUUUGCUCAUCCUGAAAGAGGUGGUCCAAAAGAUGGCCGGCAUCGAGGCGGCAGAAGAGAUGACGAGCGAGCAGCUGCAGGCCAUGUGUGGCGGGGAGCUGCUACGGGGCGAGGCCGGCUACUUUAGUCAGGUGCGCAACACGAAAAAAUCGUCCCAACGGCUGAAGGACGCACUGGCGAGCAACGAUCUGGCGGUGGCGUUGUGUUUGCUGAUCGCCCAGCAAAAGCACUGCGUUAUCUACCGUGAAACGGCCCAGAGUCACCUGAAGCUGGUGGGCAAGUUGUACGAUCAGUGUCAGGACACGCUGGUGCAGUUUGGAACGUUCCUGGGGUCAACCUAUUCGGUCGAUGAGUACGUCGAACGGUUACCGACGAUCCACAGUAUGCUGCAGCGCUAUCACAUCCACUCCGAUGUAGCCUUCUUCCUUGCUCGGCCCAUGUUUGCACACGCGAUCAAUCAAAAGUACGAUCAACUGCGGAAGGCGGACACGAACGCCAAGAAGCUAUCGACCUCGCAGAAGAUGUCCAAAUAUCUGGAAGCUACCGCAUACGUCAUGAACCCAGUCAUCGAGUCGGUGCGGCCACUGCAUCCACCGAAAAUCUGGGAAGACAUUAGCCCCCAGUUUCUGGUGAGCUUCUGGUCGCUGUCGAUGUACGAUCUACAGGUACCGGUCGAAAGUUACCAGCGUGAGAUCACCAAACUGAAGCAACUGUCGGUGGCGGUGAUGGAAUCGAAGGAACAAAACGCGUCCAAAAACAAAAAGGAACAAGAGCGGUACGUGGCACUGAUGGACAAGCUGCAAGACGAGCGAAAGAAGCAGCAGGAGCACGUGGACAAGAUCAUGCACCGGUUGACAAACGAAAAGGACUACUGGUUCCUGUCGCGGUCAGCCAAAUCGGCCAAAAACGAAACAAUCACCCAGUUCCUGCAGCUUUGCCUCUUUCCGCGGUGCACUUUUACGGCGCUCGAUGCCAUCUACUGCGCCAAGUUCGUGCACACCAUCCACAACCUGAAGACGGCCAACUUUUCCACGCUCCUGUGCUACGAUCGGAUAUUCUGCGACAUUACGUACUCCGUGACGUCGUGCACCGAGAACGAGGCAACGCGCUACGGGCGCUUCUUGUGCGCCAUGCUCGAGACCGUUAUGCGUUGGCACUCGGAGGAAGGCACGUUCAACAAGGAGUGCGCCAACUAUCCCGGGUUCGUGACCAAGUUCCGCGUCAGCAACCAGUACUCGGAGGCGAUCGAUCACGUGAACUACGAAAACUAUCGGCACGUGUGCCACAAGUGGCACUACAAGAUCACCAAAGCGAUGGUGUUCUGUCUGGACUCGAAGGACUACAUGCAGAUCCGCAACUCGCUCAUCAUCCUCAUGCGCAUCCUGCCGCACUUCCCGGUGUUGGCCAAACUGUCCCAGAUCAUCGAGAAGAAGGUGGAGAAGGUGCGCGAAGAGGAGAAAAAUCAGCGCCAGGAUCUGUUCGUGCUGGCAUCGAGCUACAUCGGGCAGCUGAAGGCGAAAGCCGGCCAAAUGAUGCUCGAGUCCGACUUCCAUCAGGUGCCGGAAAAGACGGCCAAACCGGCGGCGGCAGCGCCUAGCACGAUAGCAACCUCCAGCGAUCAGCAGCAGCAACAGGAGUCGAAGGUGUCCAUGAAUGGAAGUGAUGGCAGAGGUGGACAAAACACGCGACAGGCGCAGGGUUCAUCGAUGGGCAACGGUACAACGGCGGCGGGUGGUGGCAACUCUUUGUCCUCCUCGGUGUCGCUGGGCGGCGGGGGCUCUAUGACGGCGAACGGGAACCUAAACAGUGAUCAUCAUCGGAGCGGUAGCGCUGGCACUUCCAGUGGGGAUGGCUUGAAAAAAGAUCUUACCUCAUCGUACUCGGGAUCGCGUGAUACGGGUUCGUACCGUGAACUGUCCGGCGGGAGUGGUGGCGUUCCAGUUUCCAAAUCAUCGAAGGAACUGAAGCGAGAAGAGCGGGCUCGGGAGAAGGAACGGGAGCGUGAAGAAGCGGUAGCGACGGCCGCAGCAAUCAUUGCGGAGAAAAAGCGCGAAAAAGAAAAGCGUCACAAGCGAGAUCACUACGACAACGACCGGGAAUCGAGGGCCAGCGAAAGGGAAGCACACCUAGCGCGCGAUCGUAGCGAGCGGGAUCUUAGUUCGGUGUCGAACUCGAGCAACGAACAGCAACACAGCAGCAGCCGCAGAAGCCAGGAUCCUCCGGAAACCGAUAGAGAAAUGAAGCGCCGCAAGCUGGAAGGCUCGAGCUCCUCGAAGGCUGGCAAACACGACGACGGGUCCAACGCGAGCCAGCAGCUAGUGUCGGAGUCGAAAAAGGAUCGCAGCAGCAAGACGAAGGAAAAGCGCGACAAGACUGACGAAGAAAAAGAGCUGCGAAAGGAACGCAAGCUGGGUCGCAAACGGCAGGAUCGUACCGAGGAGUCGCUGCUCACCGACAAGCGGUUACGGCGCGAGGAGGAGAAAGCCAGCAAGCUGCUGUCGCAGGUACACCAGAACGGCGCCGACACCGAUGGCGAUCUGCAGCUGAUGUCUGUUUCGUCGUCACACCGCGAGAAACACCACCAUCACCAUCUGAAGGAGAAGUCCCCGUCGUACAGUAGCAGCGGUGGCAGCGUGUUGCGUGACCAUCGCGAACGUUCGCACGAUCGGGGCCUGGAUCGGGGCGAGAAGCAGUACUUUACGAAAACGUCGAGAACCCGCUCCGGCUACUAGACCGCUCCGGAGCCUUGGUGGGGCGCACUCUCUGAAGAAGCGGCAAAGAAAUUGGCAACGAAUGGAAAAUAAAGCAAAAAUGUUGAAAUAGGUUAAUUUUACUGUUUCAACAUUGGUUUCUUUGCUUCGUUUCGUGUUUUGCCUGCUUCAGAGUUACCCCAAGCUCUGCGAACGUUAGAAAAGUCACAUUGACAUCGGGAACUGGCGGCUGUUAGCAACAUUGGAGGAAUUGCAGAGUUCAAAGUAUCGUUUCGCUAGCGCGUAGGUAGAUCGUAAGCAUAGGCACGUGGUCCGCUCGGUGUCUCGGCGACAACGCCGAAUAAAGGGAUUUGUAUUGUUCGUUAGACCGAAGGGAAAACCGACGAAGAGUAUAGCAGUAGUUCUUGUACAAUAUAAUCAGUAAAAGUUUUAGUUACAAUACACGCCGGCUGAGUUCGGUGUAGAACAUCCAAUCAAUCGUUUGCGGGACGGCCACCAUCGUGCGGGACGAAACGGAGCGUCAGUGCCACGGGCGCAUUUAAGCGGACACUUACGUGAACUGUUCAACUAUUCGACGGUAGUUACUUGGCCGUAGAAUUAGACCACAGGAAGAAAAAAAAUCAGAAAACUAUCUGUAAAUUUUAAGUUAGAUAUGAU